AAUUCCCCCCGCAGAUCUGCUUUCUUCAAGGAACUUUCUCCGCUAGACAGACGUGGGCGCAUUCGUCAUUCGUGACGCGGUAUUUUUUUCUUAGAUGGCCUCUCGCUUCUCCUCCUCCCAAUCUUCGUGAGACUGGUUGCUUAUUAAAAGCUCAACCCCUCUUACAAGGAAGACGCGGUUCGCCAUGUGAUGCACAGAGCUGUUGCUACGAAGAUGGCGGAGGAGGUUAGCCGAGCGGCAGCAUCGGAGGCAGUGGUGACGAGUUCGUCGAAGUGGGCAUGGCCGCGUGCCCUACGGUGGGUUCCCACCUCCACCGAUCACAUCAUCGCUGCGGAGAAGCGCCUCCUCUCGCUUGUCAAGACUCCAUAUGUACAAGAGCAGGUCAAUAUUGGUUCUGGGCCGCCUGGUUCCAAAGUUAGGUGGUUCAGAUCCUGUAGUGAUGAGUCCAGAUUCAUCAAUACGGUAACAUUUGAUAGCAAAGACAACUCUCCUACUCUUGUCAUGGUACAUGGUUAUGGUGCUUCUCAAGGUUUCUUCUUUCGGAACUUUGAUGCCUUGGCUAGUCGUUUUCGGGUGAUUGCUAUUGAUCAACUUGGUUGGGGAGGAUCAAGUAGACCGGACUUUGCCUGUAAAAGCACGGAAGAAACUGAGGCGUGGUUUAUAGAUUCUUUUGAGGAAUGGCGUAAAGCAAAAAAUCUUAAUCAAUUUAUCUUACUUGGACAUUCUUUUGGAGGAUAUGUUGCUGCGAAGUAUGCUCUGAAGCAUCCUGAACAUGUUCAGCACUUGAUUUUAGUAGGACCAGCUGGCUUUUCAUCAGAGACAGAACAUAGCUCAGAAUGGUUAACUAAAUUUAGAGCAACAUGGAAAGGCACUAUUGUUAAUCAUCUCUGGGAAUCAAACUUUACCCCUAUGAAAAUUAUCCGGGGCUUAGGCCCUUGGGGCCCUGAUCUAGUACGUAGAUAUACAACAGCUAGAUUUGGUGCUUACUCUAGUGGUAGCGUCUUAAAUGAAGGCGAGGCUACUUUGUUGACAGACUACGUGUACCAUACUUUGGUAGCAAAAGCGAGUGGAGAAUUAUGUUUGAAGUAUAUAUUCUCUUUUGGAGCAUUUGCACGGAAACCCCUUCUACAAUGUUCAUCGGAUUGGAAAGUCCCUACUACCUUCAUUUACGGAUAUGAAGACUGGAUGAGUUACAAAGGAGCACAACUAGCACGAGAGAGCAUGAAGGUUCCAUGCGACAUAAUCAGAGUUCCCCAGGGUGGCCACUUCGUUUUCAUAGACAACCCUUCAGGAUUUCACUCUGCUGUUCUCCAUGCGUGCCGUAGAAUUCUUUCCCCGCAUUCGGAGACCUGGGAUGAGCCGUUGCCCCAAGGCCUUACUUCUGCUUGAAGAUCAUUACUUAGAUUUUGUUUGGGACGAUUUUUUUAUUGCUUCUUAAAACAGUUUUUUAAUAUAAAAAUUUAAACUUUUGUAUUAAAAAACUAUUUUUAAAAAGUAUGAAAAAAACCGUCCCAAAUGAAGCCUUAGUCGCAUUUGUUUAUUGUAACAAAUAUCCACCCCUCCCUCCUCAUGUGCCCUUACAUUAAUAAAACUGAUGAUAGGCCAUUAUAUAUGUAGAUGUUAGCUCCUUUCCCAAAUGUGUUAGUGAUAAAAUUAGCUUCUUGGGAUGUCCAUUCCCUCGUGAUAAAUGCCCAAAAACAAGGCUUUACUUAUUAAUGACAACUCUGCAGACCUGCCAAAC